CCAGGAGAGGUCCCCUUCAUGCCCUCUAGUCUCACCAGUCAGGCAGUCACCAGUGUCCUCUCCCUGAUGUCUGUUGAAUUUGUUUUUUCGUCCACCAGACCAUGAUCCUGAUACCGAAGCAACACUUGUACCUCUCUCUUCUCCUUUCCCUUUUUACUUGAUCUUUUUAAGGAGCCACAACCUGGGUGCUGGGCGGGGACGGUGCCAGCAACAUGGCGUUCUUCAGCAGCGGCUCGCGGGCGCUGGUCGAAAUCCUGACGAGAAUGCAGAGUGCUGAGAGACCAAUGCCUGUCGAUCACACCUUCUUCGAGUUUGGCUCAAUCCGGUACCAUGUGGAGGCUUCAGCUUCAGAUCCUGAGAACGUGUACCUGUCGAUUGCAACGCCAUCUCUUUCCCACGAAGCUUCGUCCUCCUCCAGCGGCCUGCCCGAGGCCACACUGCAGGAGACGAGGAAGGCGUAUCACAGGUUCGCGGAGGUCGUCGAGCCGCCCAGAGAAGGAUACGUCCUGACGCUGAAACUGAACUUCUCCGGCCUGAACCGACCAAAAGAUCGCGUGAAGGCCAUUAACCAGGUGUCGCUGCUGCAAUCCGUGGUGCUGAGCUCGCAGCUCAGGGACAUGCUGGGGAGCCUGGGCCCGUCCGGCACGAUGAGGCUCGUCUACAACCAAAGGGAUCCCUUCUUCGUCAGCAAGACGGCCGAGAGGAUAAACGCGGUCUUCCCGAUGCGGUUCAGGGACGACACGGACCUGGCCAUCGCGACCUCCUUCUUCCAGGAGCUGCGGGAGCUCGGGAGCUCCUUCGCGAGGGCGCCCGAGUGCAGCUGGUCCCCGAUCCCGCCGCCGGAGCUGCGGGGCGAGUACGUCCACCGCCUCACCACCAACGGCGGCUUCGUGUCCUUCGGCGUCCUGUCGCGGCACGUGAGGGGGAAGCGGGCCGCCAAGACCGCGUGGAUCCUGCUCAACUUCCAGGCCUACGUCAAGUACCACAUCAAGUGCACCCGGAGGCACAUCCAGAGCCGGAUGCGGGAGCGGUUGGAGGCCCUGACGGAGGUGAUCCACGACGCCAGGCUACGAGGGAACGACGACAAGAGGAAAUCACAAGCGGUGGCGAAGAAGAGGAGGAACAACAAGAGGCGGCUGAUCAGCUUCGCGAAGGCCAGCAAGAGGCUGCAGAAGGGUUUCAGGGCCGUCCUGGACAAGAUCAAGCGGCUGCGGCUGCGGAUCAGGGUGAGAGGCCUGGACCGGCUCCGGCGGCAGUGCCGGUGCUUCGCCGUGCCCAAGCUUCCACCGCGCCGGAAGGAGCACGGAUACCACAAGCUAACAGAGCAGUGAAAUACUAUAAUCCAGGGAGAGCACGGUUGAAGAAUGACGGUGGCGCAUGAAAGACAACUGGCCAAAUGCUGUGCUUUUCCACCCCCGAUCGGAGCACGACAUUCUUCGGAUGAGAAGGAGGCAACUGACAACUGCUCGACGGGGAAGUGCAGCGGGCGUCGAAUUCGAUGUGUUGCCAUACGGAUAGUCGGAUACACGUACCUUCAGAAGGUGAUAGGUGCAAGAUCUUUCAUGUCUGAUCCAUACCAUGUUUUCCUCUUUCCUUUUUCUUUUGGGCAUUUGGCAGAAGAGCCUGUAAUGUAGCUACAAAAGCAUUUUUCUCUCUCUCUGUUAUAAGAUUGCUUAAUGAAAAGGGCUUUGGAUUUCGCUCUAACAAACAAAAA